CCUAGAGCUCCUUUCAUAUGAUUCUCCUGCGGUGAAUAAAUUUUACUUCGUUGUGUCCCAGAUGAAAUCUUAGUUUUAUAUGCACAGAAAGAAUGACUGAUAGUUGCAGAAAACCGAAUUGGGAAGCAGUUUUCUAGUAAUAACAGUUGGGUAAUUUGAAUUACCCGCGCUUUGCAGUUAUUGGUGAGCUGUAGCCAGCUCCUAUAUACGGUUUGUAGACGUGCGGUUGAACAACAAAAGUGGCCAGUGCUUCGAAGUUCCUAAUGAUUAGUAUGCAUGCAAUCUCCAAGUUAUUUUUUUAGAAUUCACUUAUUAAAUGUUCGUGAAAUGGGUAGGAUUACUGGAAGUGCAGAACACCUUCGGAAAAUACAGUCCCGAAUGAGGAUAUCUUAUUACAUAAACAGGGUUACAUACAGGCGCACACAAACAGUUCCUAAGCGAUGUGGCUUUUGUGAGGCAGCUGAAUAAACAUGGACACGUAUUUUCUACUUUUAAUAAUAUUAAAAAGGUGAUUUAUGUGAACGAGACACUACACGACCCUUAGGUUUACACGUAGCUUGGCAUUCCCCCGCCCCUGGCGCCUACGCAAUGCAAAACGGAGGGAGAAAUUUAAAAAGCGAGAGGCUGACGAUUUUUAAACGUCAAUGCGCGCCUUUUCAAACUGUCGAAUGAGCUUGAGGUUUUGUAAUUCCAACCAAUCCAGAAGUAGAAUGUAUCCAAUGGCGAGAGCUGUUCAUCUGGCAGUAGCCAAUCAGAGGGCAGAACUAGUGUAUAAAUUUUGCCUUCUGCGCUCAGCUUUUAGUUCUUUUCUGCAUUUGCGAAGAUGGCUCGGACGAAGCAGACGGCUCGCAAGUCGACGGGCGGCAAGGCGCCUCGCAAGCAGCUGGCCACCAAAGCGGCUCGCAAGAGCGCGCCGGCCACGGGCGGCGUGAAGAAGCCUCACCGCUACCGGCCGGGCACCGUGGCGCUGCGCGAGAUCCGCCGCUACCAGAAGUCGACGGAGCUGCUGAUCCGCAAGCUGCCUUUCCAGCGCCUGGUGCGCGAGAUCGCGCAGGACUUCAAGACGGACCUGCGCUUCCAGAGCUCGGCCGUGAUGGCGCUGCAGGAGGCGAGCGAGGCGUACCUGGUGGGGCUCUUCGAGGACACCAACCUGUGCGCCAUCCACGCCAAGAGGGUGACCAUCAUGCCCAAGGACAUCCAGCUGGCGCGGCGCAUCCGCGGAGAGAGGGCUUAGCCGCUCCUCGCCCUCGCCCAGCUUCACCAACAACCCAAAGGCUCUUUUCAGAGCCACUACACCGCAUCCCGAGAAGAGCUUGAGAUUCCCUUCCCCCUACCCCAAUUUGUGAGUUAGUACAAAGUGCCUCUGCACUGCGAUGCGAGGAUUUCAGAUCACUUCCUGUAUACAUAAGUGUCCCCGUUUCUGUUUUAUGAAGCGCCAUUUUGGGAACGGGAAGGAACUAGUUGCAUUUUCACAACCCAAUUCUUGACUGGUCGAGGCGAGGAGCGAAGGGCUUACCUUAAGGUGCCGUCGAGCUUCACUUGCGGUUUUUAAUUGGGUAGGAGCUUAAAACGGGGGUGGAGAACCUGGGGCCCCCAGAUGCUGUUUUGCCUCUGAACUGCGAUGCGAGAGGGGAGCACAUUUAAGUCGAAGGAGCUGCGGAGCCUUCGCUGGUUAACUUGGUACCGUUAGGCAUGCGUGAAAAUAGUAAGUUUACUCCGCAUAGUUCAUAUAACGUAGACAAACCACUGAGUUCAUUUUUAUAUUGAAAAGUUUCCUUUAAAUUGGGUAUUGCCCUAUGUCUUCGCACAAGGAACUGAUCCCCGUUUUUCUUAUCUCCGCCUCUACAACUCGCUGUAUGGAUCGUUUUUAAGUGUUUAGUUUCGUCUUAAGCCUUCCAUAGGUCUGGGAAAGUCUUGGUGGUUUCUUCCUGUCUGAUUGGCGGGAAGCUUGAGACGUUAAGCUUCAAACCAGAAAAGCCCGCGCUCUGCCCUCUUCGGUUGCUCCAACCAUCUUUUAGGAGGCGUGUAAGGCGGGAAGUUUGAGCGAGGCCCUUUCCGCUCCCGAUUGCUUUCCUACUCCGUCCGAAUCCGAGAGAAUUUCGGCUUGAUCUUUAAUUUUACUGCUGCAGCUUCCUCCAGUUCUUCGAAAUAAAAACAAAAACCACCUUCGUACGCUGCUUUCUGUAUGCUUAGUAAUGCCUCAAACAAAACUAAAUGCUCUUUCUUUCUGAAUAAAUAACUCUCUUACAGCUGAUGCAGAAAGAACCUCAGACACAGUCAUAUUGGCGCGGGUGAGAGAAGAUGUGAAGGCUGUGCUGAGUCGGAGCUGCAGCGAAAAGGAAGGCCCUUCUUUAAAUUGGCUUCCCUGCUGGCCAUCUGCCCUUGGCAGUAACCACUGUGCCCACUGAGCUUUUCUAGUUCUUAUAAAUUUUUGUACUUCUACAAGUGUUCAGGUUUACUUGAGCCCACUGGUGCUGUGUGUGUAUGUGUGUGUGUGCGCGCGCACUGCUGUUUUAGCUACAUGAAGACUUGCACUUGAAUACUGUAAUGAAUUUGGUAUUUAUAAGCAUGUAUAUGACACUGCAUGUUUCUGGAAUUGCACUUGGCGGCUUGAUUAGCUCAAAGCUAGCUGUUGUCCUUCUGAGUAUGAAUGAGUGUGUGGUUUCUUGUGGUUCUCACA